ACUAGCCUCCAACCCUUUCUUAAAACACCACAACACACACCAUUUCCUCUCGUCAAAUCGCAUAACCAUGGCUUUUCUUACUACGAUCAUACCCCUCUCCCUCUUAGCACUUCUUUUCUACAAGCUCUACUUCAGGCUAAGGUUUAAGCUCCCACCGGGCCCACGUCCGUGGCCAGUUGUCGGAAACCUCUACGACAUAAAGCCCGUGAGGUUCCGAUGCUUCGCGGAGUGGGCCCAGUCCUACGGCCCAAUUAUCUCGGUGUGGUUUGGAUCGACUUUGAAUGUAAUUGUUUCGAACUCUGAGCUGGCAAAGGAGGUGCUGAAGGAGCAUGAUCAGCAGCUGGCCGACCGCCAUAGGAGCCGGUCGGCGGCGAAGUUUAGCCGGGACGGGAAGGACCUCAUUUGGGCCGACUAUGGGCCACACUAUGUGAAGGUGAGGAAGGUUUGCACUCUUGAGCUCUUCUCCCCAAAGAGGCUUGAGUCUUUGAGGCCUAUAAGAGAAGAUGAGGUCACUGCCAUGGUUGAAUCCAUUUUCAAUGACUGCAUCAAUCCUGAAAACUUAGGAAAAAGUUUUUUGGUGAAGAAAUACUUGGGAGCCGUGGCAUUCAACAACAUCACUAGGCUAGCAUUUGGCAAAAGAUUUGUGAACUCAGAAGGUAUAAUGGAUGAGCAAGGAGUAGAAUUCAAGGCUGUAGUGGCAAAUGGAUUGAAGCUAGGAGCAUCUCUGGCCAUGGCCGAGCACAUUCCGUGGCUGCGAUGGAUGUUCCCACUCGAAGAGGAGGCUUUCGCCAAGCACGGUGCUCACCGCGACAAACUCACCAGAGCCAUCAUGGAAGAGCACACUCAAGAGCGGCUGAAAUCCGGUGCCAAGCAACAUUUUGUUGAUGCCCUCCUCACAUUGCAAGAAAAAUAUGACCUUAGUGAAGACACCAUCAUUGGUCUACUUUGGGACAUGAUUACUGCUGGCAUGGACACAACAGCAAUAUCAGUUGAGUGGGCCAUGGCUGAACUAAUCAAGAACCCAAGAGUCCAACAGAAAGCCCAAGAGGAGCUAGACAGGGUGAUUGGGCUUGAAAGGAUAAUGACAGAAUUAGAUUUCUCAAGCCUCCCAUACCUCCAAUGCGUGGCAAAGGAAGCCCUAAGGCUCCACCCACCAACCCCACUAAUGCUCCCACACAGGGCCAAUUCCAACGUCAAAGUUGGUGGCUAUGACAUACCAAAAGGCUCCAACGUGCACGUGAACGUGUGGGCCGUGGCACGUGACCCAGCUGUAUGGAAAAACCCACUGGAGUUCAGGCCUGAGAGGUUCCUUGAGGAGGAUGUGGACAUGAAGGGACAUGAUUUUAGGCUGCUCCCCUUUGGUGCUGGACGUAGGGUAUGCCCCGGUGCACAACUUGGGAUCAAUUUGGUGACGUCAAUGUUGGGUCAUCUUUUGCAUCAUUUUAGUUGGGCCCCACCUGAGGGAACGAGGCCCGAGGAGAUUGACAUGUCGGAGAAUCCUGGGUUGGUCACUUACAUGAGUGCACCACUUCAGGCUGUGCCAACUCCUAGGUUGCCCUCACAUUUGUACAAACGUGUGCCUGCUGAUAUUUAAUAUUUUCUAAUCCAUAAAUAUUUUGUUUACUCAUUUUCACCUUUGAGUACAAAUAAGACAAGUUUUUCCCUUUUGUUGCUUUUGGAACUUCUCCUCCUUCUUGUUGUUGGUAGUAGUAUGUUUUGCUAUUAUGUCUUUGUAACUAUCAUUGAAAUUACAAUGAGAAACCUAAGGAUUUUAUGUAUUUUACAUUGACACCUUCAAACUCAACAAAGUUUGUCCCAUUCAGGUUUUGGAAUGAAAUUCCUACUUAAGAGAAA